AUGAGCAAAAAUAUUUUGGACACAGUGCUCAAUGAAAUAAAGUCAAGUCCUUUCUUCGCCUUACAGUUAGAUGAGUCGACCGACGUUGCAUCUUGUUCCCAGCUACUUGUCUAUGUUCGAUACAUAAAGGUGAAAAAUUUUGUCGAUGAAAAUGAGCUGCAGUGGUCGAAGUUAAUAGGUGUCUGUACAGAUGGAGCACCAGCCAUGUUGGGCAUUCAUUCUGGUUUCCAAACAUUAAUGAAAGAAGUUGCUUCAUUUGCAUUAUUUAAUCACUGCAUUAUACACCGUUAUGCUUUGGCAAUGAAAACUCUUCCACCUGAUUUAAUGGACACAUUUACUCGUGUAGUGAAAAUUGUUAACUACAUCCGAAGCAGUGCGACAAAUACAAGAAUUUUUAAGGACUUAUGUAAUGAACUGGGAGGAAAAUUCGACGUCUUGUUGUUCCACACAGAGGUACGUUGGUUGUCGAGAGGCAAGGUGUUGCACCGAGUGCUUGAGCUCCGAGAAGAAAUUGCUUUAUUUCUAGAAAGGAGAAAAUCAGGGAAGGUAAAGGAGAAAGAGUUUCACGCUCAAAUAACAGAUAAUGUAUUUAUUUCUAAACUGGCAUAUCUUGCGGAUUUCUUCGGAUAA